AUGAAUCUUCUAGCCAAACCCCGUUGGAGGUUGCUACUAUUACAUAUAAUUCUGCUUCGUCUUCAUUGCUCAAGUUCUUAUCCCAUGCCAGCGAUCUGCACCGACACAAGCCGCGUUUGCACUUCUUUCUUGGCAUUUAAGCCUAAACCAAACCAAACCAUGGCUGUCGUACAAAGCAUGUUUGACGUGUUGCCCAGUGAGAUCACCGUUGAAGGCAAUGGCUGGGAUUAUAUAUUCAUCAGGAAAAACUGUUCUUGUGAUGCUGGUAUGAAGAAGUACGUAUCUAACACCACACUCACAGUGAAAUCCAACGGAGGGUAUGUGCAUGAUUUGGUGAUAGAAGCCUAUGAUAGCCUUGCUCUCUUGCCCAACACGACACAUUCGGCAAGAAAAGAUCAUGGUGUCAUACCACUGAACUUGUUUUGUAGCUGCUCCAGUGGACUGUGGAACUAUUUGAUGAGCUAUGUCAUCAGAGAUGGGGAUAGUGUUGAAUCACUAGCAAGCCGGUUCGGAGUUAGUAUGGAUAGCAUUGAGACAGUGAAUGGCAUUGACAAUCCUGAUGGCUUCACUGUUGGUUCUCUCUAUUAUAUACCUUUAAAUUCUGUUCCUGGUGAGCUUUACCACUUGAAGAAUGACACUCCUCCAGUUCCAGUCCCUUCCACAUCUGUUGAUGAAUUUUCAGCUGACCAAAUCAACCGGAAGGCUAGUGUACCCCAUGAAUGGAUCGUAGGAGGUUUUGGGGUUGGUCUUGCUCUGAUAAUAUUAAGCAUUAUUGUGUGUGUGUUCCUGAGAUCACCCAAUUGUUUGGUUGAAGCCAGAAAUAAUGCAAAAAAUUCUGCAGGAAAGAUUUCUAAUAAGUUCUAUGUUUUUGGCAAUCCAAAUUUAUUUUGUGGAUGUGGCAAACCUGUGAACCAGAAGCAAACUGAUGGUGAAUCCAGUAGUCAGCAAAUUACCGUUACCAAAGCAUCAUCUCUAAUACCUGACAUGUUGAACAUGGAUAAGCCUACAGUUUUUUCAUAUGAAGAGAUUUUUGGCUCAACCGAUGGUUUCUGUGACUCAAAUCUACUUGGGCACAGAACAUAUGGUUCUGUUUACUAUGGUCUCCUGCGUGGCCAGGAAGUCGCUAUUAAAAGGAUUACAGCUACUAAAACUAAAGAAUUUAUGUCAGAGAUAAAAGUUCUCUGCAAGGUUCAUCACGCUAAUCUGGUAGAAUUGAUCGGCUAUGCGGCUGGUCAUGAUGAUUUUUUCCUUAUUUAUGAAUAUGCUCAGAAGGGUUCACUCAGCAGCCACUUGCAUGAUCCUCAAAAUAAGGGUCAUUCAUCUCUUUCUUGGAUCACAAGGGUUCAGAUUGCACUUGAUGCUGCUAGGGGCCUUGAAUACGUACAUGAACAUACAAAAACUCGCUACGUCCAUCAAGAUAUCAAAACAAACAACAUAUUACUUGAUGCAUCCUUUAGAGCCAAGAUAUCAGAUUUGGGGUUAGCAAAACUUGUUGGUAAAACAAAUGAGGGAGAAACCCCAGCAACCAAAGUUGUAAAUGCAUUUGGAUAUCUUGCUCCAGAAUACUUGAGCAAUGGCCUUGCAACGACCAAAAGUGAUGUCUACGCAUUUGGUGUUGUUCUUUUUGAGAUUAUGUCAGGGAAGGAGGCCAUUAUUCAAACACAAGGUCCUGAAAAACGACCAUUGGCAUCUAUUAUGUUGGCAGUUCUUAGGAACUCACCUGAUUCCGUGAGCACGUCAAGCACGAGAAACCUCGUUGAUCCUAUUAUGAUGGAUCUGUACCCCCAUGAUUGUGUAUUUAAGAUGGCCAUGCUGGCAAAGCAAUGUGUGGAAGAGGAUCCCAUAUUACGCCCUGAUAUGAAGCAAGUUGUGAUUUCGCUCUCACAAAUCCUGCUGUCUUCUGUUGAGUGGGAAGCGACUCUUGCUGGGAACAGCCAGGUAUUCAGUGGCCUUGUUCAGGGAAGAUAG